AAAUGCGCGCACACGCAAAAGUGAAAUAAUUAGCAUAAUCUCGAUUCGUAAGUGGCUGUGAAAUUCAAAGCUUAUGCUUUGAUAUUAAAGCACUUGGCCCUCCAAGGUGAACAAAACAAAAUGAAGAAAAAUCCAUAGUUAUUGAGUAAAAUAAUUCGUGUGCGCGUACCAGAGUCGAGUGUCGAAUCGUCGUUCGUUCGGUUGUCAAUGUUGCGUGUAUAAAGCCAACGAAUGAAUUCGUUGUAAUUAAUUCACAUUUAAUUGCUGUUUGUGCAUAAUAAAGUUAAAUCAACGUUUAGUCAAAACAAUUUUCAAAUGCCCUAAGCUGGCAAGCUCAAUAUGUAUACACAAAUAGUUUGUUGCAUUUGUGUAUGAAUGUGUGUGUGUACGACCGACGUUCGUUUUCUGAAUUCCAAAUGAAGUCAUGAGCAGCAGAUUGUAUGAAAACCAACAGCAACAACGAAGGCAGCAGCUAAACAACAAGACAAAAGUCGUUGUCGCAUUAUUACAAGAAAAGCUGUAAAAUAAAAAAAAAGUGAAAUUAAGUGCUUAAAAACGCGCGACAACAACAGCAGCAGCAGCAGCAGCAGCGACAGCAGCAGCAGCAGCAAUAUGACAUGCUCGCGUCUCGUUUACACAAUAACUCAAAUUAAUUGAAUAUGUUGGCAAAUGAGCAAACCGAAAAUUACGUUAAAAGCCCACAAAUCAAGAGCUUUUAAACGGCUGCUGUUAUUAACAUGGCUGCCGCAUCCGCUGGCCAACAGCUGCAGCAGCAGCAACAGCAGCAGCAGCACAAACUGAAUAUUGUUGGCAAUGGGGAUUCGGUUGCUGGCGUGCUGCAGGUGAACGAGUUGCAACAGCAUCAACAACAGCAGCUCAACAUGUAUAAGCAGCAGCAACAGCAGCAGCAGCACCACCAUCAAAUGUUGCAGCAACAGCAGCAACAAUUCUAUCAGCAGCAAACGAAAUUUGUAUCGCGGGUCGUUACAAAUGCCGCAAUGCAACAACAACAACAACAACAACAACAUCAGCAGCAGCAACAGCAACAACAAAUCUUACCAGCUGGUUUGGUAAAUGGUAGCGCCAACAUGAUGCAAGCCACAAAUGUUGCCGGGCAGCAACAGCAGCAGCAACAACAACAGCAACAGCGCCACAGUCAACACAUUUUUGUCUGUCCUGCCAUUGGCUCGCCGCUGCAGCAGCAGCAGCAGCAACAGCAACACCAGCAAACCAAACAACGUGCUGCACAAAUAAAGUUGCCUUUGAAGUCACCAGCAGCCGCAGCAGCAACUGUUGCUGCUACGCACUGUAUGCCGGCAACAAUUGCAUCGCGUCAAAUGAGUCAGAACAAUCAACAUCAGCAACAGCAGCUCUUUGCAAAGAAUGUGGCUAAAACCAACAAUGCCAACAAUAAUGCCAGCAGCAACAGCAGCAACAACAACAGCAACAGCAGUAGCAGCAGCAACAAUAACAACAUCAACAGCAGCAUUAACAAUAGCAACAACAGCGCAAAUUUGGCUCCAGGCUGGCGUCGACUAACCAACAACAAUGAAGUGGCCUACAUCAGUCCAACGGGCAAAACGAUGCGCACACAAUUCCAAAUCAAGGACUAUUUGCUAACACAGGGUACCUGCAAAUGCGGCCUGCCGUGUCCGCUUAGGCCGGAGUACUUUUUCGAUUUUAAUGCCCAGGUGCCCAACAUGCCAUUAAAGGUGUCGCCAGGUAGCGGCCAGGAGACCGUAAAUGCGACAACCACGUCGCUCUGCUCGCAUCAACGGCAUUUGGUCGAAUCGGAGAAGGUGCACAAUCCGCAGCCCGUCAAGGAUUUAAUGAUGGCAACAAUGUCGGUGACAGCAACAGCAGCAACUGCAGCAGCAACAACAGCAACAUCAACAGCUGCUGUCACUGUUGGCGAUGCGUUUACUGCGCUGAUGACAACAGCAACAGCAGCUUCAACAACAGCAACAACAACAACAGCCACAACGACGACAACGUCAGCAACUGCAACAACGGCAACAACUCUUGAACUGGCCAACAAAGACGCUGAUUGCCUCAAGUAUGGCAACAACACCAACAAUAACAACAACAACAACAACAACAACUAUAAGCUGGCGUGCAGGACAUCAUAUGCAGCAACAGUUCCAGUCGCAGCCACGCCCAUAUGCACAGCAGCGACCGUGAUGCAAACUAGUCAAGCAACUGGCAUGGACAGCGCGCCAAAACGAGCAGCUCCUGCUCCUCUUCCAGUAACAGCUGCAGUAACAGCUGCCCCAACGCAUGUGAUAAAGCCCGCGACAAACGCGUCUAGCCCUGCUCCUCUUCCGUUAGCCCAGCAGCCCAACUUCAAGGAUGAUCCCGCGGGCUAUUUGCAACAGCAAACAACGCUGCUGCACAAUACGCUGGGCGUGGGCUUAGAUGCUAAGCCUGUCACGGCUACUUCCACGGGCACGGCCACUGCCAGAGCUCUGCCCCAAGAGCCCAUUGUGCAUAGUUCCCAGAAUCAGCAGCAGCGGGAGCGCAUUCGCCGUCUCUCGCUCUUUGCCGGCGGCAAAGUGGAGCAGGAGCCGAGCGCGGCGUCUAGCCAUGUGCCACGCUCGCUGCUUGUCGAUACGGCAGCUGCAUUUGCACGCCCACAGAAGCCCCAAAUCACCAGCAUUACAGUGGUGCCAGCGCCGCAGGAGUCGCCAGUGUCCAGCAGCGGGCCCGAGGCAGAGAAGCGGCCCGAGCAAGUGGGCGCCAUCUCAACCAGCCACGAGAGUCCACGCCACAGCCUCUCUUCGCCCACGGACUCUAUAGAUUCGGCCAAGAGUACGCCCUCCGCCUCGCCAAAGCCUCAGCAGGCGCAGCUUCAGAUGCAGAUGCAAAUGCGCCAGCCCCAGGUCCAAGCACAGGCAACGGCACAGCCCACAGCCCAGUUGCGUCUGAUGCGUCAACAGUGUCAACCCGUGGUGGGUGCGGGUCAACGCCAGUCGAUGGCCAAUGGGACAACUACGCUAACACGCAGUAUUGUCACGACCACGGCGGGCAUCAGUCGACCAGGCACCACGCUGAGCAGCGCCAACUCCGCCGUGGCUCACCUGCAGUCGAUGGCGAGCAAUGCUGGCGGCAACCAACUGAUCAUGACUUCAUCCGGCCAACUGCUGGUCAUACCCUCGGCCAGUAAGCAGCAGGCAACCGCUGCACAGCCGCAGCGGCAGGCGCAGACAGCACAGCUGCACGCCCAGCCUGGCGGCGGCUACAUUGUUAGUCAACCCUCGCCGAUACUUAACACCAACGGAGCCAAGUUGCUGCAUCAUCAGAUAAUCAGCUCGCAGGCCAGCCAAAUAAGUCAGAUCAGCCAGGCGGGCGCCGCGGCAGCGCCACAGACUGUGCUGCUCAACACAUUGCCCAAUGGCGGCUACAUCGUCCACCACCAACAGCAGCAGCAACAUCCGCAGCAGGAGCAACAUCAGCUGCUGGGUAUACCACAGCCAGCGACGCAUAUUAUUGCCUCGCCCGAGGCUAAGCGGCGGACACGUAAACGCAAAAGCUCUGUGUGCAGCACACCGCCGCCGCCGCUGGUCUGUGGUGUUAACGGGUCGCCGGCAAAGGCGCACUCGCCUCAGAUCUCACCCAGCAUACCCAGCCAGGCGCCAGCGCUGCUGCAGCAGGCGGCAAAUGCCGCGGCGGUUGCAGCUACGGCGCCCCCGCCGCAAUUCUCGCAGCAAUUCCAGCUAAGUCCAGGCAUCCAAGGCAUUGUGGUCAACAAACCAGCGACGGCGGCGCCUCAGACGCAGCAGCUGCUGCUACAGAACGGACAAAUAUUGCAGCAGGUGAAUCUUAUUGGCCAGCAGCUACUUAUGCCCGCCGGCCUGGUCAUGGGCCCGGACGCAACCCUGUUGCAGAUACAAAAUAUGCCCACGACAAGUCUGCUGACUCACCAGGGCCCGGUGAUGCUGCGCACGCCCUCACCACAGAACAAACCCUCCUUCAUCUCGCCCAGCGGCGGUGGCCAGCAGUAUAUAGUGGGCGCCAAUGGGCAGCUCAGUCCCAUUGGCCAGAUCUACUCGACGCCCAUGGGCCUGGUUAUGCCCACAGCUCAGCAGAGCGGCGCAUCCUUUGUGCAGGCCAGUCCCACUGCCACCAUACAGAUUCAGCAGCAGCAGCCGCAGCCACAGCAGCAUAUAAGCCUGCAGCCACCCCAGGCGACCAGUUUCGUCUCGGAGUCGCAUAGUAGUCGCCAAUCAACCGCCGCCAGUCCGCCGGAUACCACCACUUGCAGUCCGCGCAGUCCCGAAAGACCGCCCAGCCAUCGCAGCAGCGGUAGCGGCGACAUGGUGCAGUGCGUCUCAAGCUCGGAGCCUGAUGCGGCCAUUUCGCCACAAAGUACCGAGAGCCGCCAGUCGCCCUCUUCCACGGAUUGCGAGAGGAGCAUCUGCAGCAGUAACGUGUUUAGCCAGCCUGGCAGCAUGUAUAAGCCCUCGGAGCCCAAAAUUCGACGUAUUCACAUCACAUCGCAGCCGGCACCGACGCCGACGGAGAGCAACCAUUCUGCGGGUCUUAUGGGUCAAGAGUCGCCCACCACCACGCAGCUGCCGACCACUUCGGAUGCACCAGCGCUCAAUGAAGCUGCUCCACUCAAAACCACCUGCCGCACGCCCACCAAACGGGCACGUCGACAACACCGCACGUUGGCAAGAAAUUCGCCAACUGGCACUGUGGCACUGUUGCCACCGCGAACAUUUGCCAUUGGCGAGCUGAUCUGGGGGCCGGCACGUGGACAUCCCGCCUGGCCUGGCAAGAUAGUCAAGAUGCCCGACGGUGUCUGUACACCGUCGCAACAGUUCGAUCACGUGUGGGUGCAAUGGUUCGGCGGCAGCGGCCGUUCCAGCACCGAGCUAAUUCCGGUCAACUUGUUGCAGAGCCUAUCCGAAGGCUUGGAGGCGCACCACAAGGCGCAAAAGGAUACCAGAAAGAGCCGCAAACUGAACUCGCAACUCGAGCAAGCUAUACAAGAAGCAAUGACUGAGUUGGAUAACAUUUCAGCAUCGGCAACCACAACAGCAGCAGCAGCAGCAGCAUCCGCAGUAAUUGGCCACCAGCUGCAGCAGCCCACGUCAACGAACAAUGGCGUCCACGGGUUGGCGCGGGGUAAGCGCACAGGGACGUCAAGUGGGCAGGCGAACGUUGGGGGCGCCAGCAUGACGCUCUCCGCUAGCACAGCGGCCACCCUGAGCGGACUCUUCAAUCAGCAGCGUGCCAAGCCCAUACGGAUAGCGCCCGCACCGCCAACGGGCGUGCCGUCAGCAUCGAGUGCAGCGUCGUCGCCGUCGGCAGCAGCAGCGGAGAUCCUGAAGCUGGCCAAAUGACCAGCGCUGUCGGCGCUGCCGUCGACAGUAACCACAGCAAAUUAUACGCUCGUUAUUGGGCACAAGUAGAGGCAGCUGGCCACAAACAGUAUAUACAUAUAUUUAUUUAUACAUAUAUAUAUGCUAUAUACACGCAUCCAUACUUAAGUGUGUAGUUAGAUAUCAGCCCCAACUGUCUGUCGCUGUUUUCUAUAAUUUUCUAUCGAAUUACGACUCUGCUUAGUUGCGCCUGUGCGUUGAUGCCACAUCUUUGAAAUAGACAAUAAAACAAUAUGAAAAUGUUAACGGAAACGAAGUUACAAAGAAGAAAGAAAAAGAGAGAAAACGCUUAAACAAUAAGAGAACAAUAGUUUUUUGUUGCUUUGUAAAGCAGUGCGCCUGCCCAAAGCGCGAAACUCAGUUGUUUUUGUUUUUCUGUAUAUAUUUACAUAGAAGGAUAGAAGAAGGAUCAGAGCGAAUGCCUAUUUUUAUCAUUAUAAUGAACAGAUUGUAAAUGUUAGGUACAUAUUUAUUUAUUGCGUAUAAAGUAUAUAGUUUGCAUAGGUUUUUUGUUUUCGUUGCAAUCUUUAGACUUAACUAUUAUUUUUAUAUUUAGAUAGCAUAAGCCGAUUUUUAGCCAUUAAGUUAUAACCAGCCAAUUUAUGCACAUUUCGAUGAGCUAAUUGUUUUUGGCCCAAUCCAACAAAUUCUUGCAGGAGAAACAUAUAAAUCAAAAGCAUAUAACUGAUACUAAUUCUAAUUUUCAAAUACUUAAAGAAUGGGAAAUAUCAACAAAUUAUUUACGUUAAAGCAAACAACUCGAAACACUCAGCUAACGAGUUUGAGAACCUAACAAAAAAGAGAAUUAUAUUUAUAAAUUGUUAUUAUUUAUUUAGUUAAACUAUUGUAAAAUUCUAGAAAACAAACAACAAAAAACAAAUUGACAUUUAAACACGUAGCGAAAAUCCACUAAAAGAAACAAUAAAUAAAUGCU